AUGGAAUUCAAACUGCACAGGCUGGAUUUUCCCAUUGGACUGCUCUUAAUUUUCUUAAUGUUGAGAAUUGGUGUGCAAUGUCACAAGCAGAGACCCGUGGUGGAAAAUGGUAGUUUCCAAUAUGACAGGUACCGAAAAGUCAGGCCGGCCGGUAGUAAACUGUCAGUAUCGACAGAGUUGGAGUUUGAAAACAUUGUGCCAACAGAAGGUUUACUAGAGAAAUACACUUUGACCGGUUUCAUUAAAUUCCAAUGGACGGACAAGGCCUUUAUCUGGGAUCCUUCAAUUAACAACGAUAUAGAUGAGCUUGAACUUCAGAAAGAAAAAAUUUGGCAUCCUCGGUUAAGUUCACAAAACAUGGACGAUUUCUUCCAAGAUGAUAAGAGCCCUGUGAAGCUUAUGGAAACCCAAUGUUCCACACAAGAGCUGGAGUUCAAUAGUCUAAAUAAAUUUGAAAAGGAACCAUGUAAGGAGGAUAGCCCAUGGGAAGAGUUGACAAUAAAUGUCACCGCAUCGCAAGUAACGAUAAAUAGCAAAACCUUUCCUGACAUCAAUAUGGUGUUAAAACUGUACCGACGUGUGUACUACAUUUUAUUGAUCCUCAUCGUCCCAAUAAUUAUAUUCGCCAUAAUAAAUAUCCUGAUCCACGCCAUUCCGCCGCUGAUUGGAGAAAGAAUCAGCUUCGGUAAUAUUUAA